AUGGCCCACAUCUCUCCGGAUUCGUCAGAUUUUGCUUCACUGCCGGCGCACCUUCUGGAUUCGAUCAUGGAGAAGUACUGGAUUGAUCUCCCCGAUUUCAUCCGUUUUGCCGCCGUCUGCAAACCCUGGUUCGACGCUGCGACCUUCAACCAUCAAAAGAAGCAGCAACAGCGAGACGUAGCACACAAACAGAUCCCUAUGUUGAUGGUUCCCUCUUCCCAUCCCAAAGACAACAACAGCGACGGCGAAGGACAAGAAAAACGCAGUCUUUACGGUAUUACCCUCGGUAAGUUGUAUGAUUAUGAAUUACCUUUCCCUUGCGCAAAGAGGUGUUGUGGUUCUUCCCAUGGAUGGUUGGCCACUGUGGACGAAAACUACGCUGUUACCAUCAUCAAUCCCUUUUCCCGUGUUUUCUCUAUUACCCUACCCCACUUAUUGAAGUUGAUAUGGACUGGGAUUUACCGGCUACGAAUAUGA